AUGGAGGCCAACGGGGGCCCGGGCGGCUCGGGCGGCGCCAACGACUCGCAGCACGACCCCGGUAAAAUGUUUAUCGGCGGACUCAGCUGGCAGACCUCACCAGAUAGCCUUAGAGACUAUUUUAGCAAAUUUGGAGAAAUUAGAGAAUGUAUGGUCAUGAGAGAUCCCACUACGAAACGCUCCAGAGGCUUCGGUUUCGUCACGUUCGCAGACCCGGCGAGUGUAGAUAAAGUGUUAGGCCAGCCCCACCACGAGUUAGACUCCAAGACGAUUGACCCCAAAGUUGCAUUUCCUCGUCGAGCACAACCCAAGAUGGUCACAAGAACAAAGAAAAUCUUUGUAGGAGGACUGUCUGCAAACACGGUGGUGGAAGACGUGAAGCAGUAUUUCGAGCAGUUUGGCAAGGUGGAGGAUGCGAUGCUGAUGUUUGAUAAGACGACCAACAGGCACAGAGGGUUUGGCUUUGUCACUUUUGAGAAUGAAGACGUUGUGGAGAAAGUCUGUGAGAUUCAUUUCCAUGAAAUCAAUAAUAAAAUGGUAGAAUGUAAGAAAGCUCAGCCGAAGGAAGUCAUGUUCCCACCUGGGACGAGAGGCCGGGCCCGGGGACUGCCUUACACCAUGGACGCGUUCAUGCUCGGCAUGGGGAUGCUGGGCUACCCCAACUUCGUGGCAACCUAUGGCCGCGGCUACCCCGGAUUUGCUCCUAGCUAUGGCUAUCAGUUCCCAGGCUUCCCAGCAGCGGCUUACGGACCGGUGGCGGCAGCGGCGGUGGCGGCGGCACGCGGCUCAGGCUCCAACCCGGCGCGGCCCGGAGGCUUCCCGGGGGCCAACAGCCCAGGACCCGUCGCCGACCUCUACGGCCCUGCCAGCCAGGACUCCGCAGUGGGGAAUUACAUAAGCGCCGCCAGCCCUCAGCCGGGCUCCGGCUUCGGCCACGGCAUCGCCGGACCUUUGAUUGCAACGGCCUUUACAAAUGGAUACCACUGAGCAGGUGCUUCCGUUGCCACCCCACUCUGAGAGCAUACCUGGAUGUCCAGGCAAGACUGGGCGAAGUUUCUGAGUGGCCCUUUGUUUAGGUGAUGUCAUCAGACCUGUUCCCCCACCAGCCUCACUCCCCAUCCCAACCAGAGAUGGCUCACUUCGGAUCGAGGGUUGACUACAUCUCAUCAUCUCACGAAUCUGCUGUAAUAUAAGACAACAGCUUUUAAAUGUGUAUAUAUCCCAUGAUUUUGGUUUUGUUUCGUUUUUGCUUUUCUUGAUGGUUUCCCUCCCUCUUCUCUCUUCCCUCUUCUCCUUUUAAAUCUCUUUGAAUCACAUUUGGUAGUGAUUUUGACUUAGUCCAAUAGUCAUAUAGCUUUAAUAUCUAGUUAAAAGCUAACCAUAGUAUAAUUGUUAUAUUAAGGUAUUAUUUUUUUCUUAAAACAAUUCUUUUUUUUUGCUUGUUUAAUUCUGUUCUCACUUUUCAAGGAUGCUGAGAUGGUAAUAUUACUCUGAAUAUUUUGGUAUCAGUUCUGAGACUGUAUGAAUUUUCAGGCGGAAUUUGAGCACACACAGAGAAGCGAGGUUGUGAAGUGCCGAGCGGGAGGUGGGCAUCAACUUUCUACUCUGCAUUGUAUAAGAAGUGAGAUGUAGUAGGCUAAUGAACAGACUCUAUAGCGGUUCUUUUUUUGUGGCGUCUCUUUGUUAACCUAAGUAUAUCUAUUUUCGGCAAUAAGGUAAGGACGACAAUGUUUUGCGUGUCCUCCUUUUCUAUAAGUGCUUUUUUUCUGUUGAAAGAGGUGAUAUUAUAAGGUUUUUUGCAAUUGUGAAUUCUAAAAAAGAAAUGUUGUAAAUACAAUUCCAUUAACUACAUAGAAACUAUUAAGAAAGAGAGAAUCAAAAAUAUUUUUGUGAGGGAGUCGGCCCCAGGCAGUUUGAUGCUCUGUGGGUGGAGGAGGGGAGGAAGGGUAACCGAGUCAGUGACUGGAUGAACACCCAGCUGCCAGGCCGACCCUGGGACAGGUUAGAACACUGUUAGCUCCUCUUGUCUGUGUGAUAGACCUAAGAACUGUAUUAGUGUCAUACCAGCAUAUUAACCUCUCGUCUGUGCACAGCUUCCAACGUUACCGUCUAGUUAGAUUUUUAUUUAAAAUAUGAAAAACUGCUUUUCCCAAGACGUUUUUUAAAAACAAAGCUACAAUUUUAAUAUUUAACAUAUUUAAUGUUUCAAAGCACACCUGGUUUGGCUUGGGUGGGGAGGGGUGGGGGGACAUUCUUUUUCAGUCUUAAUUUUUAAAUAUUUGAUCAUUUUCUAUUGUCCAAUCAUUUCAGCACCUCCAAAGGUCCCUAGGACACUUUGCCUCUCUUCUCCCCCUGUCCCCCCAGCCGCCCCCCAGCUCCGGGGACCCAUGGGCCAGGAGUGGAUAAGCCUGCAUUAAUGAAAUCUUUUCUCCAUUCACUUUCUAUUUCCCAAUUAGGAAAGCAACCUUUUGGUUUAUAUGUUUUUUUUAAUACCUCAGUGCUGCAAGUAUCACCAGAGAGGCUAUGAAAGAAUUUUUUUUUAAUUUAUUGUAGAUGUAAACAGAAUUUUUAAAAGUUAAAAGUAUAAACAUCGCUGCACUGUGACUGGUGGGAAAAACUGACCGUUUCCUGUUUGCACAUGUUUAACAUUUGGCUGUUAUAAUAUAUGGUCCUCGGUUGGGGAAAGAUACUUAUGAUGAAGGAUAUUUUUUAAUUUAACUUUUUUUUAAUAUUGGUAAUAGGUCGGCAACAGCAACUAUAGAAGUACAACUCAAUAGAUGGCAUUAAAACAUAUUGUAGUGUGGAUAUAUAUUUUUUCUUUUUUAAAAUGUGAUAUUGACGUUUUAUUAAUAUUUUUUAAAUUGUUACGUUUAUAAAUUUGGUACUUAAGGCACAGCCAGUAUGAGACACUGAAUGCGACAUUUAUUAUAAAGAGCUGCUGCACUCCUAUUUUUAUAAAUUUUACUAACAAAGUAGACUAAUGUAGACAUUCACAGACAUGGUAGGGUAAAAGCAUCUUCAAGCAAAAGGCUCCAAAAUGCUAACUCAGAAAGAAAGAAAAAAAGCCUUUUUCAAUUCUAAUUAAACAGCAACAUCUUUUUUUUUUUUUUUAAUCAUGUUCUUUGUUUUUUUCCAAUAAAAUGUUAGGUUGUUUGGUGAA